AUGGAUCUUUCGAAAACGCUCAUCCGGACUGUGGCGCGCGCCUUCUACGAGACCCGUCAUAUCUUGGUAGUCGAUGCGCUCUUCUUGCACUCAGUCCUUCACGCCGAGGAUCUUGCUUUCUUGAUGGGCAUGCAGCAGAAGGAUCUCCGAAAGCUGUGCGCCAGGCUUCGAGAGGAUCGUUUGAUCGGAGUGCUGAUCUUUUUCUUUCCCGAGUCUAGGAGCACACGCGCUGAAAUUCGCGAUGGAUCCAGUCGCCCUGUCAACCGUGAAUACUAUUACAUUCCCCUUCAUCCCGUUGUCGAUGCAAUCAAGUACAAAGUCUCCAAGUUGACUGCCACGAUUAAAGCGCAGUACACCCCGAGCGAAGAGCGCAAGGAGUAUAUAUGUCUCCGGUGUUCAUCAGAGUGGACUGAGCUGGAUGUGCUGAGCCUGGUUGGAGAUGAAGGGUUUGAAUGCCAAAACUGUGGCGCCGUUCUGGAACGAACUGAGGAUGUCAAGGGAGUCGAAGGAAUUGAACGCACAGGCCAUGAAAAAAACAGCAAGCUCAUGGCACAGCUAGAUAACAUGCUCAAGCUGUUGAAGCAAAUUGACUCCGUUGAGAUCCCGCCAAAUGACUUUGAGACUGCUUGGGAUCACAAGGUUGAAGUCAUCCGGAACCAGAACACGCACCCAGUCCGCGCUGCGAUUGCUGUUCCGCCCAAGGCCCAGGAUACCACACGACCCAAUGCCAAGACAGAUGCUGCCGCAUUGGAGAUCUCUCUUACUUCGAGUGAAGAGAAGAGUGCUGCCGAGCAGGCCGAAGAGGCCGCUCGGAAAGCGGCAGUCGAAAAGCAGAAUGCUCUUCCCGUUUGGCAUACGCAUUCUACGGUCGAUGCAAACAAUGCUGCCAAUGCUCAAAUCAAGAACGAAGCUGGUCAGCUGGUGAAACCAGAGCUCGCGGAUGAGGACCAGAAGCCCAGUGUGGAUGCCCUGGACGACAAAGUCGCCGCUUACUAUGCGGAGAUGGAGCGGGAAAAGGCACUUCAAGCCGAACAAGAUGCGAGCAGCGCAGAAGAAGAUUCCGAUGAAGAAGAAUUCGAGGAUGUCGACGGUGUCUCUGGUCAGAGUGGGCCUGCUACACCGGCCACACUUGGCGGCCCCACGAGUGCCCCUGUCGCCUCCUCUAGCGUUGGUAUCAAGCGUGAGCUUGAUUCAGCUUCUAGUGGACCUCAAUCCUCUGUUGGCACGCCGUCUUCUCUUGCUGAUGAUGGUCCUUCGGCAAAGAAAAUCAAGGUCGAUCAGGAUAUCAAGCCUGAUCCUGACGUCAAAACUGAGCCUCAGGUCAAGACCGAGCCCGAUGACCAAAAAGAAGCCGAGGAAUCUGACGAGGAUGAUGAGGAAUUCGAAGAUGUCUAA